AUGAAUAUGUUGAUUUUUGUUGCAUCUGUUCUUGACCCUAGACGUAAGUUGGGAUUUGUGCAAUACGCUCUUUCUACUAUGUAUGAAGGUGACAAAGGUUUAUUGGUGGGGAAAAAGGUUCAGGAUACAACAAUGGAAUUGUUUGCUGAGUAUAAAAAGUUGUCACAAUCUAAAAAUGAAGAAUCAAACAGAAGUAAAACUUCAAGCUCGACUUGCUCCACUGGUCAAGGUGAAGCAGUAGAACGAAAGUUCAAAGUUUUGUAUCAAAAGUACAAGACUCAAAUUGGAGGUGGAGAUAAUAAAUCAGAGUUGGAUAGGUAUUUGGGGGAGGAUUGUGAAAAGGACGUGGAGGGCUUUGAUAUUUUGGAGUGGUGGAGAUUAAAUAGUCAAAGGUUUCCCGUCCUUUCACAUAUGGUUCGUGAUGUUUUAGCAGUACCCAUCUCUACAGUUGCUUCAGAGAUGGAUAACGGAAAUAACAAUGCAAAUGCUGGAGGUAGUAGUCAUGUGGGGGCUUCAAGUAUGGGUGGUCGUGAUUCUGAUUAA